AUGACACUGACCUGGACCCGGGGAGUCAGGAGACAUCACCAGGGUCAACAGAGCGAUCUAAACCUUGCAAAAAAAGUGGAAAUAGUUGAAGAGACCAUAACAUCAGUGUGCACCCUAGGGGGGGGGGAGGUGGAGGAGGAGGGCGACGACGACGACAAUGACGACGACGACAACGACGACGACGAUGAUGACGACCAUGACGUCGACGACGACGAUGAUAAUAACAACGACGAUGACGAUGAUAACAACGACGACGAUGAGGAUAACGACGACGACGACGACAAUGAUAACAACGACGAUGACGAUGAUAACGACGACGACGACGACAACGACGACGACAACAACGACAACGAUGCCGACGAGGAGCUAAUUUACUCACAAUGGCCACGGGAAUGGACACGAUGUUGUGUGCGGGAGAUGCUACAGAUUAGACAGGUGUAA